GUUGGUGAAUGUGUUGUUGGAUAAUGAUGGGGAGCGAAGCAAAACCUCGGACAAAGGACUGCUCCUGGUUUGCUUUUUAUUUGGCUUUGUCCCUUCUGUUCGGAAAUCAGGCUUUGGCUCAGAUACGCUACUCUAUUCCAGAGGAGGUAAGAGAAGGCACAGUUGUUGGAAAUGUGGCCAAGGAUCUUGGUGUUGAGAUUCCCUCUUUGAUUGCUCGCCGGUUCCGCGUUGUGUCUGGAAGUAAGGACGCUAUUUUUGAAGUAAACCAGGAUAAUGGGGCUCUCUACGUCAACAAGCACAUUGACAGAGAGGAGCUGUGUCAGGGAGGCGGUGCCUGCCUUAUGGAGCUCAAAAUCCUCGUUGAAUCUCCUUUGGAAAUACACUACGUAGUUGUAGAAAUUACGGAUGUAAAUGAUCACUCUCCUAGUUUUCCUGAAAGGGAACAGAUAUUUGAAAUAGCUGAGCACACAUUACCAGGAAAACGAUUUCAACUGCACACUGCUAGCGACCCCGAUGCUGGAGCUAACUCUAUUCGUACGUACACUUUAACGUCAAAUGAACAUUUUGAAGUUGAUAUCCGCCAAAGCGAUGAGGAUAAAAUACCAUUUUUAGUGCUGAAGAAAUCGUUGGACAGAGAACAAAAUAACAAACACACGCUGCUGGUUACAGCAGUUGAUGGAGGCAAACCUCCAAAAUCAGGCACACUUAAUGUUUCUAUUGUUGUGCUGGAUAGUAAUGAUAAUCGUCCGAUGUUUAGUCAGGAGAUUUACCACAUUUCAAUACACGAAAAUAUUGCACUCGGUGCUUCAAUAUUUAAAAUGAAUGCAACAGAUCCAGACGAAGGCACAAAUAGUGAUAUUGAAUACGGCCUAGGAAAAACCUUAAAACGAAAAAUCUACGAUAUGUUUGAAUUGGACAAAUUAACUGGAGAUAUUACAGUUAGGGGAAAUGUUGACUAUGAAGAAAAUGACGUUUAUAAACUGGAUGUUGAGGCGUCAGAUAAAGGAACACCUCCACUGACAGGUGAGUGUAGAGUCGUUAUAAAGAUAAUAGACGUCAACGAUAAUACACCGGAAAUAGAAGUCACAUCACUCGCAGAUACAGUGUCUGAAGAUUCAAAACCGGGAACAAUUAUUUCCCUUAUCAGCGUAACGGAUAAAGACUCCGGUGUCAAUGGAAAAAUAAUAUCAAGCAUAACCUCAGACGUUCCGUUUGAAUUAAAGCCCUCCUAUAAGGAAAACACUUACUCGGUUGUCACUAAGGGAUUAUUGGAUCGAGAGCAGGUGUCACAUUAUGAAAUAACAAUAAAAGCCACUGAUUGUGGUGAACCUCCCUUAUCUACAUUUAAAACUUUCAACAUUCAGAUAUCAGAUGUAAACGACAAUCGUCCU